UGCUGAUCCAGGCCAUGCACGACCUGCCCCCUGACUCGGGCGCGCGGCGGGGCGGCGGGGGCUUGGCGGAUCACGGCUUCCCCGCGGGAGCCCGGGCUCCGGGCCAGCCGCCUUCCUGCGGCGCCGCGGACCGCCGAGCCUGCCCCCGAGACGGGGAGCGGGGAGGCGGCGGACGCCCUCGGCAGCAGGUGUCCCCGCCCCGGUCGCCUCAGAGGGAGUCGCGGGGAGGCCAGCGGCGGACUCCUCGGAUGCAGCUGUCCUGCAGCAGAAGCCUCGAGAGCCUCCGGGUGGGUGCCAAGCCGCCUCCCUUCCAGCGGUGGCCGAGCGACAGCUGGAUCAGGUGCGGCGCGCACGGGGACUGGGACGAGCCCCCGCCACGUGGAGGCAGGAUGGACGGCUGGAGUGGGGACCGCGCCCGGGCGGCUGCACCCACCGGCCUCCAGCCUCCAGGCUCCAAGGACCACAGCUGCUCCUCGGGAAGCCCUUUCAGGGAUCCAGCGGGGUCCUCUGUGAUACGCAGCGGCAAAGGAGACCGCCAGGAAGGCCCCUCCUUCCUCAGGCCGCCGACAGUGACAGUCAAGAAGCUGCAGAAGUGGAUGUACAAAGGGCGUCUGCUGUCCCUGGGAAUGAAGGGUCGUGCCCGUGGGACGGCCCCCAAAGUCACAGGAGCGCAGGCAGCCUCCCCAAAUGUGGGCGCUUUGAAAGUGCGUGAAAACCGUGUCCUGUCGGUGCCUCCAGACCAAAGAAUUACGCUGACAGAUUUAUUUGAAAAUGCCUAUGGGUCUUCACUGAAGAGAAGAGAACUUGAAGAUCUGAAGGAUAAUAUUGAAUUCAGAGGUCAUAGGCCACUUAACAGCAUCACUGUUUCAAAGAAACGCAAUUGGCUAUAUCAGAGUACUCUGAGGCCUCUUAAUCUGGAAGAAGAAAAUAAGAAAUGCCAAGAUAAAAGUCAUUUAUCCAUCUCACCUGUGUCUCUACCUAAACAUCAGCUAUCACAGUCUUUCCUCAAAUCAUCUAAAGAGUACUGUACAUAUGUGGUAUGUAAUGCUACAAACUCUUCAUUAUCGAAAAACUGUGCUUUAGAUUUUAAUGAGGAAAAUGAUGCAGAUGAUGAAGGAGAAAUAUGGUACAACCCCAUUCCUGAGGAUGAUGACCUUGGUAUAUCAAGUGCCUUGAGUUUUGGUGAGGCAGACUCUGCUGUUCUGAAGCUCCCUGCUGUCAAUUUGAGCAUGUUGUCUGGCAGUGACCUGAUGAAAGCAGAGCAGCAUACUGAAGACUCACUGUGCUCUUCCGAACAUGCAGGUGAUAUUCAGACCACACGGUCAAAUGGAAUGAAUCCUAUAGAUCCUGCCCAUUCCACAGAAUUUGUGCAGCAGUACAAGCAAAGGCUAGGACACAAGACACAAGAAGGUAUAAUGGUAGAGGACAGUCCCAUGUUGAAAUCUCCUUUUGCAGGCUCUGGGAUCCUGGCUGCUACAAAUAGUACUGAAUUGGGAAUUAUAGAACCCUCUUCUCCAAAUCCUAGCCCUGUGAAAAAAGGCAGUUCAAUUAAUUGGUCAUUGCCAGAUAAAAUAAAAUCUCCACGAACUGUGAGGAAACUUUCCAUGAAAAUGAAAAAGUUGCCAGAAUUUAGCCGAAAGCUAAGCGUUAAGGGAACAUUGAAUUAUAUAAACAGUCCAGAUAAUACUCCUUCUUUGUCUAAAUAUAACUGCCGAGAAAUUCAUCAUACUGAUAUUCUGCCCUCUGGGAACACAACCAUCGCUGCUAAGAGGAAUGUUAUAAGCCGAUACCAUCUUGAUACCAGUGUAUCCUCCCAGCACAGCUACCAGAAGAAAAACUCUAUGAGUUCUAAGUAUUCCUGCAAAGGUGGUUACCUUAGUGAUGGAGACUCACCUGAACUUAUAACUAAAGCUAGCAAACAUGGAUCUGAAAACAAAUUUGGAAAAGGAAAAGAAAUAAUUUCAAAUAGUUGUAGCAAAAAUGAAAUAGACAUUGAUGCUUUUAGGCAUUAUAGCUUUUCUGAUCAACCUAAGUGUUCACAGUACAUAUCUGGGCUCAUGAGUGUACAUUUCUAUGGUGCUGAGGAUUUAAAACCACCUCGGAUAGAUUCAAAAGACGUCUUUUGUGCAAUUCAGGUAGAUUCAGUAAACAAAGCAAGAACAGCUUUGCUCACAUGUCGAACAACAUUUUUAGACAUGGAUCACACUUUCAACAUAGAAAUUGAAAAUGCACAACAUUUGAAACUAGUAGUAUUCAGUUGGGAACCCACUCCAAGAAAAAAUCGAGUUUGUUGUCAUGGAACUGUUGUUCUUCCCACCUUAUUUAGAGUGACAAAGACUCAUCAAUUGGCUGUCAAACUUGAACCUAGAGGUCUUAUUUAUGUGAAAGUGACUCUUAUGGAACAGUGGGAGAAUUCUCUUCAUGGACUAGAUAUAAACCAAGAACCAAUAAUAUUUGGAGUUGAUAUUCAAAAAGUUGUAGAGAAAGAAAAUCUAGGACUGAUGGUGCCCCUUCUGAUACAGAAAUGUAUUAUGGAAAUUGAAAAGAGAGGCUGUCAGGUAGUAGGCCUGUAUCGGUUAUGUGGUUCGGCAGCAGUCAAGAAAGAACUGCGAGAGGCUUUUGAGAGAGAUAGCAAAGCUGUUGGUCUGUGUGAAAACCAGUACCCAGAUAUAAAUGUAAUAACAGGUGUUCUUAAGGAUUAUUUAAGAGAACUCCCUUCUCCUCUGAUAACAAAGCAGCUUUAUGAGGCUGUAUUAGAUGCAAUGGCAAAAAGUCCUUUGAAAAUGUCAUCAAAUGGUUGUGAGAAUGACCCAAGUGACUCUAAGUACACUGUUGACCUGCUGGAUUGUCUGCCAGAGAUUGAGAAGGCAACCCUAAAGAUGUUGUUGGAUCAUUUGAAAUUGGUGGCUUCCUAUCAUGAAGUGAAUAAGAUGACGUGCCAGAAUUUGGCUGUGUGCUUUGGACCAGUAUUAUUAAGUCAGAGGCAAGAGCCUUCCACCCAUAACAACAGAGUCUUUACUGAUUCAGAAGAACUCGCAAGUGCUUUGGAUUUUAAAAAACACAUUGAAGUUCUUCAUUACUUACUCCAACUCUGGCCAGUGCAGCGUUUAACUGUCAAAAAAUCAACAGACAAUUUAUUCCCAGAGCAGAAGUCUUCUCUGAAUUAUUUGAGGCAGAAGAAAGAACGACCUCAUAUGUUAAAUUUGAGUGGUACUGAUUCAUCAGGAGUACUUAGGCCAAGGCAAAACCGAUUAGACAGUCCACUUAGCAAUCGUUAUGCAGGAGACUGGAGCAGCUGUGGGGAAAACUACUUUUUAAAUACAAAAGAAAAUUUAAAUGAUGUGGAUUAUGAAGAUGUCCCUUCAGAAGAUAGAGAAAUCGGAGAAAAUUAUAGCAAAAUGGAUGGGCCAGAAGUAAUGAUUGAACAGCCAAUUCCCAUGUCCAAAGAGUGUACAUUUCAGACAUAUUUGACAGUGCAGACAAUUGAGUCUACAGUGGAUCGAAAAAACAAUCUCAGAGAUCUACAAGAAAGUAUUGAUAUUUUGAUUGGAAAUCUGGAACGUGAGCUCAACAAAAACAAGCUUAAUAUGAGUUUUUGAGAUUGAGGGCUUUUUUUUUUUGUAAUGUCUUAAAGUUUCAAAUCUGUUUUUGUUUUAUUUUCUUAUACCACCCAUAGCGAUGUUUUCAUUUUUUUUACUCUUGAAAUCUUUAAUUAAUUUCUAAUAAGUUUAUCUGAUUCAAUUAAAAACACUAUUCAUUAAUAUAAUUUUUACUUAUCUCACUAGAAAACUUUUCUGGGGAUCAAUAAAACUUGGACUUCUUGGGAUAUUUUACUACAUCUUGCCAACUCUAUGGAGAUAACUUUCAAAUGCACUUAAGAAGGUUCACAUAAGUUAUUAGCCCCUCAAGGUUUUUCUGCUUUAUGGGAACCACUCUUCUGUAGCUGAGACAGAUGUCCCUUUUUUUUUUGUUUUUGAGACAGAGCCUCACUCUGUCGCCCAGGCUGGAGUGCACUGGUGCGAUCUCAGCUCACUGCAACCUCCACCUCCCCGGUUCAAGUGAUUCUCCUGCCACAGCCUUCCGCGUAGCUGUGAUGACAGGCACCCGCCACCAUGCCCAGCUAAUUAUUGUAUUUUUAGUAAAGACGGGGUUUCACCAUGUUGGCCAGGCUGGUCUCAAACUCCUGACCUCAGAUGAUCCGCCCACCUUGGCCUCCCAAAGUUCUGGGAUUACAGGCGCGAGCCAUUGCGCCUGGCCUCUAGAUGUUCUUUUAGAGGAACAUCACAGCUGCUCAGUCUGAUUUGCAGUACUGGUCCUGGUACACUGCAACAUCCUUUGGUCAAAUUUUAUUUGUAAUGCAAAUGCUGCUAUAAGAAAAUCUUUUUAUAAAUAAAAGUGAAAUUAUACAAGUAUUAAUGUUUUCUGUAUUAACAGUAAUUAUUUAAGCUUAUAAAAAUUAAAUAUUUUUAUAAUCCUGAAACUAUGUAUAUAUUUAUAAAUGCAUAUAUGUAUAGAUAUCAGGAUGGGGAAGGAGUUAUUGUAGAAUCACAUGUAUUUUUAAAGUAUAUAUGUCAUGAGGCCAAAAUUAUUAUCUUAAAGUAUUUUUUUCAGGGAAAGAACAUUUAAAUUAAAGGAGGAAUUACAUAAAAACACUUGAACAAUAAUACUCUGGAAGCAUCUGAAUAGAAAUAAUAGACUUUCUUUCCUUUAUUCACAGAAAGUCACAAUGUCCCCUGGGAAAAGUCAUCUUUUAAAUGUGAAAUCCUCUAACUCCUUAAUGGAUUAAGUACCCAGAUUUCUGCACUGGUGACUUAAGAUUUAAUAAAUCUGCCCCUGUUCUAUGCAUUUUUAUAUUCUGCUUUGUUUUAAUUAUUUAUUUGUAGUAGUACAUUUAUAACAUUGACUUUAUAAUUACCCCCAUUUGUUUCUAAAUAGUCUUGCCAGCAUAUUACAUGUUACUGAUUUUUAAAAAUUAACUUAUUUUGGCUAAGUAUAUAUACAAUGUUAUAGAAUCACAGUAAUGUUUGAAAAUGUAAAUUUAGAAGGCUUUUGUAUUAAAUCAAAAUGUAUUUUUUUAAACUUCUAUGUCUACAGAAUAUGUAAUUUUAAAAUUAUAAAUAGACUUUAAGUUACCAACUUUUAAGAUAUGGCAGCCAUUGAAAAACUGACUUCCUGAUGUUUUUCUAAAUAUUAAAAUACUUAAAAUAUUUCUAUGCAAUAAAUAUUGAUAAACAGACAUUAUUUAAUUUGAAAACCCAUUGUUAAAAAAGAUAAAUAUUUUUAUAUGAAAUUUUCAUUUUUUGAAACUUUGUGUUAACAAUUCAGAAGAAUACCGAGAACAUAUAUAUUGAGUAAAUAGUCAAAGGAAAGUACUCAUGAAUGUUUUAUAGGAAAGCUGUCUCAGUUUUCUUCCUUUUGUUGCUAUAUCAUGUAUGAAUUGAAUAAGUUGCUCUAGAAAUGUAAAAA